UGACGGAAUAUCGGGCUUGUUUUCGACCUUUUGCGAAACAAGUAGGGCUGCUGGCCCUACAGACAAUUAUAUAUAUAUAUAGCGAUGAAGUAGGAAAGUGAGAGCAGGCACGUGUAUUACUUUACAAUUUAAAGACAGUAAUGGCAACAGUUAAAGCAGAUGACAGACUGACAAGUUCUCAGGGCUUCCUGUGCGUUGGUUUUGCUGGAGUUUUCAGUAAAACGGUCACAUCGCCUCUGGAGGUGGUAAAAAUUAAAACUCAAGUAGGCACCUUUCAUUGUAAAAAAGGGUUUAUGCACAGCUUUCUUCUCGUCUACCAGAAUGAAGGCCUACAGGGAUUUUGGAAGGGGAAUCUUGUCUCCUGUCUCCGCUUGUUUCCUUACAGCGCUGUCCAUUUGUCAACAUACAGACAGAUUGUUCAUCUCCACAUGGAUGAGCUGGGCUACAUUUCCCAGUGGAGGGCCAUUUUUGCCGGUGGUCUGGCUGGCAUAAGCGCUGCGUUGGCCACCUACCCACUGGAGGUGGCGGAGACUCGGCUAACAGUGCAGAACCGCAGGGAGCCCGUCUACAAAGGGGUGGUCCACACACUCGCCAAGAUAUACAAGACCGAAGGCCUUCGAGCACUCUACCGGGGUUUCUCUCUCACUGUCCUAGGUGCAUUUCCUUUCUCUAUCGGCUGCUAUGCAGUCUACAUCAACUUGGAUACGUUAUGGAGGGAGCCACAGUUCCGGUUCAGUCCCCUACAGAACUUCAUCAAUGGCUGCAUAGCUGCAGCUGUGGCCCAAACCCUCUCCUACCCCUUUGAGACUGUGAAAAGGAAAAUGCAGGCUCAGAAUCCUCGGCUGCCCCAUUGCGGUGGGGUUGACGUCCACUUCACUGGGAUGCUGGACUGCUUCAGGCAGGUGGUCAGAAACCAGGGUGUCCUCAGCCUGUGGAGUGGUCUCACAGCCAACAUGGUCAAGAUUGUCCCGUACUUUGGCCUUCUCUUCACCUGCUUUGAGAUGUGCAAGCAGGUCUGUCUGUACCGCAAUGGUUACAUUGUGUCUCCACUGAGCUAUAAGUUGGCACCGGGUGUGGACCAGAGCAUGAGGCCUACCGAGGUGGAAGAAGUUAAACGUUACCUGAAGAACAGGAGCUUUCCGUCGCGGCAGUGAAACUCUUGGUAAAACCGUUGGUAAAACUGUUGGAACAAAAAUGCGUCUGGAAUGCUGUUAGGGAUGAUGACAGUUUGCGUAUGAAUGUCUCUAAUUAUGUCCGGCGUGGUUGUUUGGAUCCGAUGCUCUGAAAACUACACAGUGGUUGAAGUCAGGUGUUUUAAAGCUUUGUGUUGCCGCAUUUGCAAAAGUAAGGACGUUGUCAGAUAUUAAUCAGGCUGUAUCAAAUUUCAGAGGUGCAAUGCGAUUGUAUGACUUACACAUUCAUACCUUACCUCAGGGGUAUUCAACUCUGGACCUCAAAGCCGGUUUCACUCCGUUCUUUUAAUUGCCACCCUCUAACCCGGGACUUAUUUAGAUCUGGAAUAACAGGUAUGUGCAAGUAAAGACAACCAACAGGCUCUGGCCCUCGUAGGGUAAGGGCUGAAUACCCCUGCUAUAAGUUGGCACUGGGUGCCAACUUACAUUUUUACUGUUCGUUCAGCAAUACCUUAUUCAGCGCAAAGUUAUGGUCUUUUUUUUAUGUUACCAGAGGAGUCACCAGACCAGUGCUUUUGGGGUUUUAGCCCCAGAUUUUUUAUGGUCAGCCCAGGUUGUUAUACUAAUGUGGUACUAUAAGUAUAUAUUACAGUAUUAUUACCUUUGUUAUUUAUAUGAUAUACCUUUUAUGGUAUGGUUCUUACAUGAAGGCCAUGAACAGGAACAAAAAGCACAAACAUGACUUGUAUAAAGUGUAAUUGUCUUACUAAUGCAAUGUAAGAAAAAAUGUCAGUGUUUAUUUUGUCCUAAGAAAUUUAACAGAUGCUAUUUUUUCUCUUUAAUUAUAGGGCUUUUUAAAACCACUGUUUCAAUAAGAAAUAUUCAACCAUCAGGGACCCCCAGCCGUUCCAUGUAUUUGAUUAAUUCCCAAAAUUGGGGAAUAUCUGAUGGUCCCUGAGAAAAGGGUAGAAUAUUUGGUUUUAAUGAUGAAUGUGGCUAUGUGAUUAUUCAGCUAUUAGUCAUAUGCUCACUUUUCUAACACAUUUAGUAUCAUGUUGUAUUUUGAAUUUAUCCAAUUACUCAGAUGUCACUGAGAAUGAAUGUCAUAGUAUGCUAUAGUAUACUGUAAUACAUUUCAUUUGUACACAAAUUACACACAUUUGUUAUUUGAGAUUCAGACUAUUUGUUCUGAAUCUUUUGAUGAGUUUUACUUGAACAGUAAUUGUAAUGGCUGAUAUUGACAGUCACUGAUGUGUACUCAACAUCAUAUAAAACCCAGGCUUCUCAACAAAGAUUUCUUUUUAAAUAUUAAAUGUAUUUGUUUUAUAUGGCUAUGUGAGACUAAUGUACAUUAUGCACAAUUAAUUACCUUUGCCAAGCAAUGAAAUGUGCCUCCACUGAAUAUGGAUUGACACUGUAAGCAUAACAACAAUGUUGUUUCUACUUACACAAUGAAAAUGAACGGACCAGUUUCUCGCUGUAUUAUAGUUGGCAAAGCGGCAUUCAGGAGAACGUCUGAUGGACAUGUUGAAUACCAAAUCGGUGUUUGCAUGUAGUUGUCUACCUUUGUGAUAUCUAUUUUAAAGGUGCGGAACAGUGCACCCUACUGAGAAUGCUCUAGUCUGGUGACUGUAACCUGAUCUGCUAUUUGUCCCAGUGACCCCAUUCCAGCCAAACCCCUCACCUCUACCACCUUAACCAGUGGGCUGACAGGCUGCAAGAUUUAAUUUCCCCAAAAUAUGUAAGUUGUCGAUUGGAUGACUUGAAGAGCAUCUUUCAAAAGAACGUUUGUUACAGUGUUUUCUAAAUCUCUCUGUCAUUUAAUUGUAAAACUAUCAUACAUUUGGGUCAGGGUCAUUAUAAUAAAACAUGAAUUAUAAUUAAAGCCGACUUGAUCGUGGUGUUCAAUUGUGAUUUCUUUUUCUUUUUUGAGACCCUGUGAGAAACUGCAAUGGAAGUCAAGGACAUUCUAACCUGGUAGUGAUCGAGAUGACCUUUUUCCUCCUAUAUCAAAGUACCCUCUCACAGCUGAUGAUUAACUCAACGUACCCAGGCGUUUCAUCUGUUAGAAGCUGUCAUUCACAUGACCUUUGUCCAGAAAACUCAAACCAAAAAGUUUAUUCAAAA